GUACAGGGCCAAGGAGCCCAGGGAGGCACAAGCAGGUUAAUCUGUAACCAGCUCCUUCACCUUUCACCUCUCUUUCCCGCUCUCGACUUCCUGGGACUCCACCUUCCGCCCCAGGCAGAGGCAGGCCGGAGCCAGAGGGAGCAGGUGCCAGGCGCUGCGGCAGCUUCACGGAGCCCCAUGGCAGGUGUCUGGAUCCUGUGGGUCUGCGGCCUCCUCUGCACCUGGGCCCUGGCAGUAGGACACCCCUGCCACGUUGGCAGCCAGGGCUGGGCUGACUGCAGCGGCAACAGCCUGCUCCGCACUCCUGACGCUCUCCUCCGGACCAUCACCGGCCUGGACCUUUCCCGCAACUCCCUGGUGGUGCCCAAACAUGGGGCCCUGCUGAAUGGCUUCCCCGCUUUGCGCUCCCUCAACCUGUCUAGCAACCCUCUCUUCACGCUCUACCCAGCCACCUUCUCUGGCCUCGGGGCACUGCGCCUGCUGGACCUGAGCCACUGUGGCCUUGCCCACCUUCACCCUGCAGCCCUCCAGGGCCUAGGGAACCUGCACACGCUGCUCCUGUGGGGCAACUGGCUCCGGGCCCUGGAGGUGUCCAUGAUCCCAGCUCAUGGGGUCCUCUCGCACCUGGACCUGCGCAACAACCAGCUGGCCUACGCUGCUGGCCCUGUCCUGCAGCGGAUGGGAGGAAUUCUGCGGGUCCAGCUGCAGGGCAACCCCUGGGCCUGCAACUGCUCUGCCUCUGUGCUCCAGCAGUGGCUGCUGCAGAGGCAAGCUGUGCAGGUCCUGUGCGCCUCACCCCCUGCACUCCAGGGCCAGGACAUCAAGACCCUGACCUCCCAGGACCUGGGCUGCAGGGGACAGCGGCGGCUCCCCCGCGCGGAGCCCUCGACUAGCACACAGCCGCUGCCCACGGCAGCUGGGAAUGACACAGCCACCACACCGCUGGUAGGGAAGGGGGGCAACAGUUGGCCAUACCUUGUUGGCUUCAUCCUGUGCGCCAUUGGCAUCUCUAUCCUGAUUGCACUGGCGGCCAAGUGCAAACUCUUCCACAAGAACUUUGCCAGCUACCGCCACCGACCGCUGCCCGAUACCAGCUCAGUGGUGAAUGGCUCGGCCGAGGAGAGCGCAGCCUGGGAGGAGAACCAGCCUGGGCCCAUCGGAAGGCUGCAGCCAGAGGAGGACGAUGGCUUCAUCGAGGAUAACUACAUCCAGCCCAGAGAGCAGCUUCAGGAAGAGGAGGACAUGGAGCCGCACUUCCCUCUCUGAAGCUGGGUUCUGCCCAGCUUCUCCUCUGCCCUCUCGGGCCAUAGCCCUCCCACUCCUCCUCCCAGGCUGGGGCCUUUGCCUCCUGCCUCCCCACCCAGACUCCCCUGCAUCCUUUGAGGCUGGGACUUCUGCCCUGCGGGCCCCCUCCUCAUCCCAGAGGCUGUGGCAUCCCAGCACCCCCUCCUCACCAGCCCAUGCCCUUGUUCCUGCUUUGCUCCUCCUGUUUAAGUGGGGCCAGGAGACCUGGAAGAAGAUGGAGCCAAGAGGCACGCAAGGAAGGGUCUGCCUAGGAAGAGCGGAGUGGUGAGGGCACAGUGAAGAGGCUGCCCUUGCCAGGAAGCUGUGCGGGCCUCACUUUCUCCCAGGGGUGUGCAGGCCCAGAUCACCGGGGGCCUGUGUGUGGCACUGACAGCAAACAGCCCCAUCCUGUCCUGUGUGUCUCUGCGUCAACACUGGUGGCACCAGGGGAACCCAGCCCCACGCUGCUGCUGCUGCUGCUGCUCUGAGCAAGUCAGAGACGCUGGUUCGCUCAGCACCUGCCCCACUCCCAGCAGCCCAAGCCAGGGCUCUGGGCCAUCACACACUCCUGGGCUUGGGAGCCAGAGAGGUGACUGGAUCCUUCCACGUGAAGCUUUGUCUUUGCAAUCCAGGGAAGGGAGGCUCCAGGCAGCUGAACAAAGCUGCGGACCCGUGGGACAGGCCAUAUAUCGCUGCUUGCCAGCUGUUCCGAGCGCAGGCCUCAUGAAACCUGGGAGAGCGCAGGGAGGAUGGGCCAGAGCCGGUAUCAUGACAAGUAUCAGGCCAGCUGGCCCAGUGCCAGGCCAGACUGGCUCACUGUGCAGCCAGAGCAUGUAGAGCAGCUGUGCAGCUGCUCCACAGGUCAGUGCCACCUGUUCCUCCUGCCUCGGAACAGGCCCUUGUUGCAGGCCCUUCCUCUCCCUGGCUGCAAGGCUCUGCAUUAAAUGGCUGCUUGAGUCCUGGGACUGGAUGAUCAAUGCAAUGGUAGCUUAGGGUGAUUUUUAUCCUCGUCCCUGUCUCGGUGGGGUUUGUUCAUCCAACAGCAAGGUGCAGCCACCUCUGGGGCAGAACAUAGCCAACAGCAGGUUAAGAGAACUGCUAAUGACAUAAAAUCCUGUAGCUGUAGAGGAAUGUGUCAACAUAAUAAAAAAUUCAGUGUUUUUAAA